AUGAAAAGUCAGAGGAGCCAGACGCCUCCCGUGAUUUGGUACACCCAGUGGCAGGACAGAAAGUUCUGCUCUGGCUCGUGGCCACCAACACCUAUUUAGGAAGCCCGUGGCUCGAAUGACAGCUCCAGGAGGACCCCACGUUUCCGUGAGGCAAGCCCCAAGAAUGAGGCUGCCUGUGCUGCUGAUUUUCCUGGCCCACUGGGGAGUCACCAGAGCUGGACAAGGGAAGUUCUGGCACAUCUCUGACCUGCACCUUGAUCCGGACUACAAGGUAUCUCAAGACCCCCUCCAAGUGUGCCCAUCUGCAGGCUCCCGGCCGGUGCUCAACGCAGGCCCCUGGGGGGACUACCUCUGCGAUUCUCCCUGGAUCCUCAUCAACUCCUCCAUCUACGCCAUGAAGGAGAUUGAGCCGAAGCCAGACUUCAUCCUCUGGACCGGUGAUGACACGCCCCACGUGCCCGAUGAGAAGCUGGGGGAGGCGGCUGUGCUGCAAAUCAUGGAACGCCUGAGUAAGCUCAUCAGAGAGGUCUUUCCAGAUACUCAAGUCUAUGCUGCUUUGGGAAAUCAUGACUUUCACCCCAAACACCAGUUGCCUGCAGGAAGCAACAAUAUCUACAACCAGGUAGCAGAGCUGUGGCGACCCUGGCUCAAUAACGAAUCCAUCGCUCUCUUCAAAGAAGGUGCCUUCUACUCUGAGAAACUGCCGAGCGGGGCUGGGCGGAUCGUGGUCCUCAACACCAACCUGUACUACAGCAAAAACGAGCAGACGGCCAACAUGGCCGACCCCAGCCAGCAGUUCCAGUGGCUGGACGACGUGCUGAGCAAUGCCUCCCGAGCUGGGGAGAUGGUGUACAUUAUCGGCCACGUGCCUCCGGGGUUCUUUGAGAAGACGCGGAACAAAGCAUGGUUCCGGGAGGACUUCAACAAAGAGUAUCUGAAGUUGAUCCACAAGCACCAUCGAGUCAUCGCGGGGCAGUUCUUUGGGCACCAACACCUUGACAGCUUUCGGAUGUUCUAUGAUGAUGCAGGUGCUCCCAUCAGUGUCAUGUUCCUCACACCUGGGGUCACCCCAUGGAAAACCACGUUAGCUGGAGUGGUCAACGGGGCCAACAAUCCAGGCAUCCGGAUGUUUGAAUACGACCAAAGCACACUGAGCCUGAAGGACAUGGUGACCUACUUCUUGAACCUGAGCCAGGCGAACGAGCAGGGGACACCGCGCUGGGAGCCUGAGUACCGGUUGACGGAGGCCUACGGGGUGCACGCAGGGGCCGGUUCCAUGCACGCGGCGCUGGGCCGCAUAGCCAGCAACAAGGACGUGCUGCAGCGCUACUACGACUACAACUCGGUCAGCUACGAACCGCAGCCCUGCGAUGAGGCCUGCCGCGUCGAGCACGUGUGCGCGCUGCGCGAGGUGGCCUUCGAUGCGUACGCCGCCUGCCUGCGUGACCCCGGCGUCGCGCACGCGCCCUGCCUCGCGCUCCUGCUGGCGGCGCUGCUGGGCCUGCGCGCGCUGCUCCUGCGGUGGUGACCUGGGGCGCCGCAGGUCGGAUGACAGGUCUCGCCUGAGGAAAUGGGGGCAGCAUCACUCUCGAGUGCUGGACUUUUCCACCCUUUCCCUCGCGUUCGCAGAAUGAACUAGGACGGACAGCCGAACAGGAAAUGAUGCACCAAAUGCACCACCAGAAGCACAUUUCUUUCAAGUUCCAUUUAUCCAAAGCACAAUGCCUGUCGUGCAUAUUAGUCUGUGCAUUAUUCCUUUUAAUUAGUAAAUCAUGUUUAAAGCAA